GCAAGAUUCCAUAGCUUGUCAGAUACUUCUCAGGUACCGGCUUCCUGACUUCUGCUUCCAUCUGAAUAGAAGUUCGAAUAGUCGUUAGAUAAGCAACUUUCAAAUACUUGAAUUUUUCUCUUCGUAUGGAUUUUGCUUCUUGGGGGGAGUGGAACAUGGCUAGCAGCUAAUCUGAAAUUUUUUGGGUAUUUCAAUUUCUAGGUUUCAGUGGAGCGAAUCGCGCACAGUAGUUAGUCAGUGUUCCACUAAUUUCUCAACGAACAAGUCCAACUUUUAGUCAGUCAGCGAAUUUCGUUUGUGCCUCGAGUAUAUAGAAUUUUUGGCAAAAGUAGUGUGAUACGUGAAGAAAAGGCUGAUAAAAUAUUUAUUGGUUAGGAAUUCUGGAACAACGUGUGUAUUGAUAGUGUAGCUGUGCUCUGAUUUCUCCUUACGUGAAGAAAGUUUUGAUUAAAGUCAAGAUGAUGAAAAGUGCAUCGAUUCGCAGUUUGAUGAAAAAUUCGAAAAAGUAUUCCAAGCUGGCUGCUACAUAUUCAUCGUCUGCAGCGGGCAGCGGUACUAAAGACCGCUUCAACGAUAAUCUUCUCAAAGAUGAAAGAUUGCUGAGCCGCGGUUUGGACGGAGGCACACGAGACCAGCGGAAUGUAUGGAAUUCAUCACGAGAUUUUCACGAUUCCAGCUAUCAAGUCCUUGGUGUGGUAAAAACCGAUGAUGGAUUAAAAGUUGUCAAACCCCAUAAAUUUUUCCCCGUCCAGCCAGUACCAAAAUUGAACAUUCUCCCCGUGAAUAAGCGAGUCGCCUUCUAUGAUCUGGAUGAUACUGUCAACUCUGGUUUACAAAAACGAGGGUAUACAAUACGGAUUCAGCGGGAGCAGGAGCAGAAAAAUGCCGAAGAUGUGCUAUUCGACAUGUUCCGCAAUGAGGAUUCUGGUCUUAUACCAAUUGGAAAGUUUUUGGCCGCACUCAGAACAGUUGGUAUCCGCAUGAAUGAUCCUCGAAUCCGUGAAAUGAUGGAUAACUUAAGGAAAGUUCAUAAACUAUCAAACUAUGAAGGAGGCUCACCUGAAACUCAAAAUCUCAAUCGAGAGACAUUCAAAAGUGUCGUUGCGCCGAAUAUUGUCUUAAUUGCGAGAGCAUUCAGGCAUCAAUUUGUUAUUCCUGAUUUUCAUGGAUUCACCAAGGACAUUGAGGAGAUAUAUUGGAAAUGCAAGAGUAAUACGGAUGGGAAGGUUGCAAGCUAUAUUCCCCAGCUAGCUAGGUUUAGUCCAGAUUUCUGGGGUAUUAGCGUAUGUACAAUCGAUGGACAACGAUUUUCCAUUGGCGAUGUUGAUAUUCCGUUCACUUUACAAAGUUGCAGCAAGCCCUUAACUUACGCCAUCGCGCUAGAGAAACUAGGACAACAAGUUGUACAUCAAUAUGUUGGUCAGGAGCCGAGUGGAAGGAACUUCAACGAACUCGUGUUGGAUUACAACAAGAAACCACACAACCCAAUGAUUAACGCUGGAGCAAUCCUGACUUGCGCACUUUUGAAAACUCUUAUCGCUCCUGAGAUGACUUUAGCUGAGAAGUUUGAAUAUACAAGGCAAUGGUUUAGCAGGCUUUCCGGUGGUGAUAAUUUCGGCUUCAAUAACGCCGUCUUCCUAUCCGAACGUGAAGCUGCUGAUCGAAACUAUGCGCUUGGUUUUUACAUGCGGGAGCAUAAUUGUUACCCUGAAAGGACGAACCUACGCGAAGUAAUGGACUUCUACUUCCAGUGUUGUUCGAUGGAAUCUAAUUGUGACAGUAUGUCCGUAGUCGCUGCAACUUUAGCAAAUGGAGGAAUCUGCCCAAUCACUGAGGAAAAGGUCCUCAGACCAGACGUAGUUCGCGAUGUAUUAUCCUUGAUGCAUUCUUGUGGCAUGUACGAUUAUUCCGGACAAUUUGCUUUCAAAGUUGGCUUACCAGCAAAAUCAGGGGUUUGCGGAGGUAUGUUGGUGGUUAUUCCAAACGUUAUGGGUAUCUUCACUUGGUCACCACCAUUGGACCCAUUGGGAAAUAGUUGCAGAGGAGUACAGUUCUGUGAGGAACUCGUGAAUAUUUUUAAUUUCCACCGAUAUGAUAAUCUCAAACACGCCUCAGACAAGAAAGACCCCCGCCGUCAUCGCUAUGAAACAAAAGGUCUCUCUAUUGUUAAUUUGCUGUUCUCAGCAGCUAGUGGAGAUGUGACUGCACUUCGACGUCAUAAACUUUCUGGGAUGGAUAUUACUUUGGCCGAUUAUGAUGGCCGCACCGCUUUGCAUUUGGCAGCAUCCGAAGGACAUCUUGAAUGUGUGAAAUUCUUAUUGCAACAAUGUCACGUUCCGCAUGAUAUGAAGGAUCGCUGGGGCAAUAUGCCCAUCGAUGAAGCUGAAACAUUCGGUCAUCGUGCUGUUGUCGAGUUUUUGAAAUCUUGGGAAGAAAGCCAACAAAAAGGAAAUGAGGAAAAUAAAGAAAAUGGAAUUAUAAAUCCAGAUAUGGUUAAACAAGAUGAGUUGAUACCAAAUGAUACUAAGUCAGUGGCUUAUGAUCGCAGUGCAACAGCAAGUCCCAUACCAAAUGAUGCCGACGACAACUCAAAACCAGGUCUAUAAGACUGAAAUGCACCUGCAAAAAAAUUAUAUAUUCGUCAAUUUUCUGUGUACUUAUUUUAACGUCUCAAAUUGUGUAAAUUAAGAUAUUAUCGACAUAUUCAUAGAAAAAUUCGUUCUCGUCAAAUUCAUUUAAAAGCUUCUCAUAGAUAUAAGGGAACCUCAUUAGAACCAGCCUUAAAUGCAUUCAUUAGUUCAUCCUUGAAGCUGACAUUUUAACAAUUAUGGAUAGAAUCCAAUAGUUGAUAUUUAAACAUACACCAGCAUAAAACUGAUUUGAUUCAUACCUCAAGGAGUAAGCAAUAAAGACUAGUACGAUAUUAGUUUCCAUUAGUUUAGAGGUAGCUUUAGUUAGUUGAAUUCAUUAGCUAGAAAUAUGCAUAUUUUGCAUCUUUAUUCAACUAUUAUUAUAUUAAUAAUUUUCUUAGUUUAGUCUUUUAGACGAUUUUCUUGAAAGCAAUUGAUUCCAAUUAUAUAUUACUUAUAACUUAUUCGACAUUUCGAAAUCAUAUAUAAAAGUAACUAUAAAUAUGACAAUAAUUUACUCAUCGAUAUCCUUCUAUUCUAUCUGUAUUGUACAUAUAUCGAUAAUAAUUCGAAUGGUGAUAAUAUGUACCCCGCGUGGUACAUAGUAGCAAUUUUAAAAUGUAUUUUCUGAAAGAAAAUGGGGAUAAGAAGGAAGAUGUGUCGUCUCGAUGAACGAAUCUAAAAUUUUCGCUGUGAUUUUAAUUUUAUAUUUCGUAUAUUAUUUACUUACCAAAUAUUUGUGAAGAAAUGAAAUGGGAAUAUAUAAAUAAAUAUAUCUAGAUGGCA